CCUUGCGCCCUUUAUCCGAUGGCAGCUCUACAGGGUAAACUUCGGGCUAACAGACAAAUCGUAGCCCUUUUCCUCUUUCUGUGCGCAUCCGAGGGUGAUGCGGGGACAGUGCGGUAUUCGGUGGCUGAAGAGAUGGAGAGCGGUUCCUUUGUGGCCAAUGUAGCCAAGGACCUGGGACUGGAGGCGGGAGAGUUGUUGACCAGAGGGGCGCGGCUGGUUUCAGAUGACAGCAAACAGCAUUUUCGACUCCACCGCAAGACGGGAGACCUCUUCGUGAAAGAGAAGUUGGACCGAGAGGAGCUGUGCGGGAAAGCAGACCCGUGCGUGCUACGCUUUGAAAUAGUCCUGGAGGAGCCGUUGCAGUCCUUCAGAGCCGAGGUAAGGGUUUUUGAUAUCAAUGACAAUGCCCCAGUGUUCCCAAAUCGCGGGCCACUUUUAAAAAUCCCUGAAAGCACUCCCCUGGGCUCUCGGUUUCCUUUGCAGAGCGCCCAGGAUUGGGACGUAGGGCUCAAUGGUCUUCAGAAUUACACUCUGAGUUCCAACGCCUAUUUCCACUUGCACACUCGUUUCCGCAGCCACGGCCCCAAAUAUGCGGAACUCGUACUAAUUAAACCUCUAGAUCGAGAGGAACAGCCUCAGAUUAACUUAACCCUCACCGCAGUGGAUGGCGGCUCCCCGGCUAAAUCUGGAACAGCUCAGAUCCUCGUCUUGGUUCUUGAUGUAAAUGACAACGUCCCUCAGUUUUCUCGGUUGGUGUACCGCACCCAGAUAUUGGAAAAUAGUCCCAAUGGUUCUUUAGUAAUCUCUGUGUCCGCUACCGACCUAGAUGACGGCACUAACCGAGAAAUAACGUAUUCUUUGGCUCAUAAUCCAGAAGGAAUUCAUCAGACUUUUCAAAUCAACUCUGAAAAUGGAGAAAUCCGACUUCGAGGACCAGUGGAUUUUGAAGCUGUUGAGAAUUAUGAUAUUGAUGUUCAAGCCAUUGAUGGUGGGGGGCUGUCUGCUCACAGCAAAGUCCUGGUGGAAGUGGUAGAUGUGAACGAUAAUGCUCCGGACGUACUGGUCACUUCCAUUUCAAGCCCAAUCCCAGAGGACUCUCCACUCAAUACAGUCGUUGCCCUUUUUGGUGUUCGAGACCGUGACGUUCGAGUAGGAGGGAAAAUCACCUGCUUCCUUCAAGGCAAUCUUCCAUUUACCAUCAAACCGACAUUCAGAAAUUCCUAUUCCUUGGUCACUGGAGGGGCCCUUGAUCGUGAGAAAGUCCCAGGAUAUAACUUGACAAUUAUAGCAAUGGAUACAGGUACUCCUACGCUGUCCACAGAGACAACCAUCGAAGUGCUGAUCUCCGAUAUUAAUGAUAAUCCCCCUGUGUUUAAGGAGGCGUCUUAUACCAUGACUGUCAGAGAGAAUAACAGCCCUGCAGUGUUUAUUGGUAAAGUGCACGCUGAGGAUUUAGAUUCUGAGGAGAAUGCCCAGAUUACUUAUUCACUGCUUCCUCCCGAAAGUGGUGAUCUUUCUGUCUUCUCCUAUAUCUCCAUUAAUUCGAACAAUGGGAAGCUCUAUGCUUUGAGAUCUAUGGAUUAUGAAGCAAUCCAAGCCUUUCAAUUCGUUGUGAAGGCGGUAAAUGGUGGGCCCCUGCCUUUGAGCAGCCAAAUCACGGUCCGAGUAGUUGUCUUGGAUGUCAACGACAACCUCCCGAUGAUCUUGUACCCCCUGCAAAAUAGCACUUCGCCUUGCAAUGAUCUGGUGCCCAGGGCAGCAGAGGUGGGUUACUUGGUGACAAAAGUGGUCGCUGUUGAUGGGGACUCUGCUCAGAAUUCUUGGCUUUCUUAUGAAUUGCUCAAGGCCACAGACCUUGGGCUGUUUUCCGUGGGACGGCAAAACGGAGAAAUUCGAACCUUACGGGUGAUAACGGAGAGAGAUCAUAUGAAGCAAAAAAUGGUCAUUGUGGUUCGGGAUCACGGCCAGCCUAGUCUCUCAACCACUGCCACACUGAAUAUUCUGCUGGUAGAUGGUUUCUCUGAUCCUUAUGUACAGCUUCGGGAUCAGUCCAAGCGGGAGAGGAAAACAAAACCCUCCACCAAAUACCUAGUUAUUUCCCUGGCUGUGCUUUCCUGUUUCUUUCUGUUUUCAGUCACUGUAAUUUUCCUUAUUCACAUCUAUCAGAAAAUCAAAUAUCGAGAAAAACAGUUUACUGCCUCUGAGCACUUCUACUAUGACUGCAGUUUCCCUAGUCAUUUGAUAGAUGGGCAGAGUGGGGAGACUCUGGGCCGAGUCUGUCCUUAUGAAGUGGGUUCUGCUACAGGCACUAGUAAUAGUGAGUUUCGAUUUCUCAAACGACUCAUGCCCAACUUUCCAGCUCCCUCCGGUGUGGUAGAAAGAAAUAAAGAAGAAUCUGAAAACCAUGUACCCUCCAACUUGGAUCUGGAUAGCCCAAGGAGAUCAGAGGGCCCUCUCAGAAUGUCUGAUGAAUAUAUGUAAGUGGUUGUUACUAUCCAUAAAUGAGCGGUAGAUUUUGAAAAUGAGCCUCUUUUCAGUUUCCAUUCUGUAUAACUUAGAUCCUUGAAAGCGAAAAUCUAGAGUUGCUCUUAAAAGUGAACAUUAGCAAAUGAUUUUCUCAAAAAGAGAUGGUCUCCAGAGCUAACUUCCAACAGCUGAAAUCCCAUUAAGGAGAUGAAUUGGUAGCUGAAUGGUUUGUAUAUAUCGGAGAACCAGGAUCCUGACUUGGUUUCUUGAGGUGGGCAACUUGUGCACAACAUGGAAAGGAAUCAGCUCCAUCUCCAUUCGCUCAAUGCAAACAAUUCCCCCAUUCCUUACUUUGAAAUCUUCAAAUGUCUCCCCAAAUGGGCUAUACCUAAGACAGAAGACUUCCAAACUUUGACGGCCUAUUCAAAAUUUUCCAGCUUUUGCCCUUUUGUGAGUGGUUAAGAAAAGUUGGGAAAGAGCCUUCAGUUAUGUAGGAUCCUUCUCUCCAAGAUAAAUAAAUAAAUCUCUGGAUCCAGUAAUAAAACAGCUGCUAUCUAUCUAGUGGAUAUGUUACCCAUAGUAAUCAGGAAUAAGCAUUUAAGAAAAUCUGAUAAAUAGUAGAUUCCAAAAGAAGAAAUUUUAGAAGCAGCAAUGAAAAUAAAAAUAAGUGUCAAAAAAACUCAAUGAAAAGUUGAAUGUGGCUUAAGUUGUGGAGCACAAAUUUCUGCAUUACCAAAUAAUAUAUUGGAUCUUCUCAAGUCUCCUUUUCUUGAUUAUAGGAAUGGAAAUCAUAUUUAGAUAUUCAGAAGAUGUCUACUUAAGGAAAACUUUAACUAUUUCCAUAGAGAUUGUUUUGUUAAUUUUCUUACAAUUUCACACUCUGGAAAUUAAUUUAGGAUCCAAUAAAGAUUGAAGGCAUCUGUGAAAUAGGAUAAAACUGUAGCAAAAAUAAAUUAUGAGAUAAAAUCUCCCAUUUAAAAAAAAAAAACUCCAGUCCAGACAAAUGUUGGUAAGUGGAACAAAGUUUGCACAAAGAAUAGACGUUUACUUCAAACACUUUUGAAGAAUAUGUAGAUGUUGAAAAAUCCCAGAAUAAUUGAACUAAUUAUAUCUCAAAGUCUCCAUAAAACAAGUCUCUCUCAGAAAAUUUAUAUUUAAAAGUCUGUUUCUGAAAUUGGUUCCUGAAAUUUACCAAUGUGACAAACCCAGGUCUUAGGCAAGCAGAGCAUUCUAAAGAAGAAUGUUUUUAUGGAAAAGGUCCUGUCCAACUCCACUUUCUCCUUCUUAGAUAUGUCUCUACUUAGAAUGAAGAUACUUUGAAUCUUUGGAGGGAAGCCCCAGUCUGGUAAAAUCUACAGUUCUCUAUGAAGAUAUAUAUCAAGCUUUCUAUAAAUGUUUAUAGAUGACAUUGAAAAACAAAAAAGGUAACAUUACGAUCUGAUCUAGAUUUGCAUUUUAUCUCUGACACAUGUCACAAUGGCCAAGUGACAACCUCUCUUGGUUUUCUCACCUGCAAAACUGACCCAAUGGUGCUUUUACUAAUUUCUUCAUGAGUUUGUUGUGAUGUAAGUACUAUGUAAAAAUUAGCCAUGAAGAUGAUGAUGAUGAUGAUGUGGUAAAUUGAUAUGAUCUUCAAAGACCCGACUCCUCUUCCAUACUGUGAUGUAGCAACAUAUGAGAAAUUUGCUAAGGACCAAAUCAAUACUCUUAAUAAUUUAAAAUGAAGGCCUACAGAAUGAGACAAAUUCUUUUUUAUUCAUUUCUUUGAAGAUGUCAAUGCUCAUAACUUAUUGGUUAAAAUUAGAAAGAUGGGGAAGUCUGUCUUUUGUUUUACUGACAAGGUUUUCCACUCUUCUGACCCUAGAUCAUUGGCUCAGAUUUUACUUCCUAAGCCUAAUUCCCCCGUGGGAUUGAAUUCUCUGGAACAAAAUAAAAACUGCUAAGAUUUUCUAGCAUAUCAUUCUUAACAUGAAUUGAUUUUUGGAAAGCAAAUUAAGAAAUGUUUUGUUGAUCUUUUUUUGUUUGUUCCUCUAUUGAGCAGGUCUUAAUUUCUUUCUGAUGAAAUAUCAGCUAUGUGCCUUGUUUCCUGAGAAUAUGGUAAAUCCAACUCUAUGCAGUCCUUUCUGGGAAAAAGUGUUUUCUAUACUUUAAAUAUUAUUAAUCUUUUUGUGGCUCUGUAUCUCUCUUAAUGUUGCUUUAAAUACUUAUGUUGGAUUUUAAUUUGAUCUCAGGAAAUUCUUUAACCUUUCUUUAGUUUGCUUUUCUCAUUUAUAAAGUGAAGAUGUUUGAACCAAAUAAUUUCUAAAGUUCUUUUUAACUUUUAAACCUUUAUGGUUCCAUAUAUUAGACUAAUGAAGGGAUGAUAAGUAAUGAAAUGGAUGGAGCACUAGCCCUGGAGUUAGGAGGACCUGAGUUCAACUCCAGCCUCAGAUACUUGAUACAUACCGUGUGAUCAUGGACAAAUCAUUUAACUCUGAUUGCUUCACCAGA